AAGCUCUGACCUUUGGCUUCUGACAUAGAUAGCAGCAUUUUUGGUUUUGCACAUUCUCUAUCUACACAAGUCAGAAAAAGGGGAAGAAAAAUCAGAUUUCUUAGCAUCUUAUCUUUCUUUCUUUCUUAUUUACAUUGUAUAAAUUCUGAUCUGAAAUAGUGCUAGCCGGAGGAGAGGCGGGCGGCUAGUGAUAGUUUUUUACUGGAUAAUAAAAUCGAGGAGGAGGAUAGGCCAGAAUAGAAAAGAAAUAGCAUCUGCUAGCAUGGAAGAUAGAAAAUGGAGUGACCGAAGAUGGGAAGGGGAUGAUGGUUCGAGAACUGUGGAGUGCCUAAGAGGGAGAUUGCUUGCAGAGAGACAGGCGUCAAGAGUUGCUAAAGAAAAUGCAGACCUCCUGGGCAACAAGGUAAAGUUGAUAGAGCUAGAGAACCAUCUUAAAGAAGAGACCAAAUUGAGGAACAAAGCAGAAAAAAAGCUUGAAGUGUUGAUGAAGAAGCUUAAUUCCUUGAACAUUUCUGCCAUAUCGGUGGAACCAGAGCUGUCUAGUUCGUCUGAGAAGUUUGAAAUGUCUUGUACAUCAUCCACAAGUACGUCAGAUUCCAAAGAUCCAAAACUAGAUGAAUCCAAGUCCCAAUUCACAACCCCGGAAAUCUCACAAAACCUGGAGCACAAUGUGUCAGAAACCACAAAAAAAGAUUCUUGUCCUCGAGGUACUGCUAGUUCCAACUCCAAUUCCAACCUCAAUGAUCCUAUCCAACAAAGAUUCAGCGAUGAAUUGAGUUCCAACUCCAAUUCCAACCUCAAUGAUCCUAUCCAACAAAGAUUCAGCGAUGAAUUGAGUUCCAGCUCUGAAGAUCCAAAGACUGAUAAUCACAGUUGUCUAAACUUAAAAUCUUCGGUGGAAGAUAAUGAGAGUGUUCAUGGGGAUAACGUUGACAACUCGUUGGCAUUAGUUCUGGUGAGUUUUCCGGCGAGAUCACAGAGUGGUGAAGGGAAGCCACUGCAUGAAAGAGUUAGCGAAGCUCUUGGUGCUCUAAGGCAUGCCAGAGAAACACUUCAGAAAUCAAUGCAGAGAAGACAUAUGAUUCAAGUUGGCCCAACUUGAGCUCAGUUAUUCAAGAAGUACAUAUCAAUUAUCUUUCAUACAUAGCACAAACUGCAGAAAGAGAGAUUGCAUUAAUCUGAGUGUUAGAUGCUAAUAAAGUUAUUUUGGUAGUGCGCUUCACAGUAAGCAUGUCAUGAGGUGGGGAUUCUUUGGCCCUGGGUCCCAACUCUUGGUCAUUUUCCUUUUUCGUUUUUGGAUUCUCUACUCAGUUGGACAUGAUCAUUUUGAUACGUGUCACUUGCAUCUACAGGAUUAAUUUGAUUGUUUGGCUGAGGCUAAGGCUAAGGCUGAUCAUAAGUUGUAUGGUUUGUAGGCUUAGGUUCAGCUCAGAAGAGUUACAAAACCAUGUAGAUCAGAGCAUUUCUCAGAUAGAAGUAGGCUAGGCUGAACCGAUGUAUCCUUAAUUCAAGGUCUGCAACUAGGCUGAAACAAAACAUUAAUUACCUCAUCAUCGCCUUAGGGAGGUAAUUAAUAUAUAUGUGAGUUGAAACUUGAUUUCUACUUAGGGAGGUUGGUACAUGAGAACGAAACUCAUUUGAAAAAAUCAUUCUUUUUUUAAGGAAUUGCACGAAUCUGGCACGCCAU